AUGGCUCCGUUUCACUCCGCCCUCGCCAUGUCGCUCGCGGCGCUGCUCGCCCUAGACCACAGCCAGGCGAGCGCCCAGUACAUCCAGAACUUUGACCACACCCGCAUCACAAACCCCUUGACUGGCACCACCAAGGCCGUCCCUGACAACCGGGUCGCCUGGCGCAACGUCAUUGACCUCGGCAGCACAGAGACUGUCUACCUCUUCUACAACUGCUACUACAUGACCAACAUCUGCGAGAACGUCCGCGCCUUCAUGGGCUCCGCCCGCGGCCAAAACCUCCACCCCGGCACCACCAUCCCGUCCAACGUGUUCACCUACGACUUCGUUACGGGCGACGAGAGCUGGACGCGUCAGUCGGGCCGCAGGGGCCAGUCCUGCCCCAGCGGCUGGGGUGGCAACGGCCGCUGCCCCCAGGCCGGCCAGGAGAUCCCCUGGCGCCACGACGGCCCCUGGUGGACAACGAUCCUCGAGCCCGGCACAACCACAAACAUGCUCCGCCACGAGCGCGACCCCCAGGGGAACAUCGUCAAGAAGUCCCAGAUGCGCUACACCUGUGAUGAGUUCCCCCCCGCCACCUGGGUCGAGGGCGGCAACGGCUGGUCCAACAACCAGCCCGCCAACACCUGGUGCGCCGGCCAGGCCUGUGUCGACUACACCGUCAACAACAACGGCGUCUCCAUCAAGGCUGAGCAGGACUGGCAAGCCAGCGCUCACAAACUGCUGCGCAUCGUCCUCCUCCGCCACAUCGGAGACCGAGUUGCAGAGUUCGAUUGGCAUGUUCCCAGCCAACCGCAGAAGGACAUGGCCUUCUUCCGCUUCUCCGCCAUGGACAUGGGGCCUGACGGCGUGGCCGCCUCCAUCUUCACGUCCAACCAAGACACCGGCGUGGACAGCGAACCUCAGUACGUCACCCAGCAGAGGAGGCGCGGGUUCAACCUCACCGCGGACGAAGAGGACCCGGACGAGCCGACGCGCGUGCCCCGUUCGCGGUACGGGCUCAGCGCCGAGGAGGCCGUGAAACGCAUGCGCGCCGGCCACAGCCGCCACGUCGUGAACAUCCCUGCCGAGUUCAACGAGUCCUUCGUGACGACGGAGCCGGGUUUUGGGAGCAUGGCUACCUCGCCCAAUCUGAAUAUGAACAGCACGACGUCGCGCCGUUCCGAGACACCGGUGCAGCCGAAGAAAAGCAAGACGCCGGCUCCUGUCUCCAAGCGUCAGGACGGCCCGCCGGUAGAGGCCGCGAAGCCUCUCCUCAAGGCGGCCUCCCCUCGUGAUCUCGAAAGAGCCCACGACAUCGUGGCCACCGCCAUAGCCGCCUCGGCCAAACUCAACAAGGCCCGUCUGGCAAGCCCGAUACGCAACCAGUACAGGCUCAAGCCCGGCACCGUCAUCGGCACGACUGUUAACGAGCGCCGUCGCGCCCGCCGCGACGACUCGCCCCCUCCUACGCCGCUCCUCGAGAUCACCGACGAGAUCGCCUGGGCCGCCGCGCUUUUGGCCGAGGCCGAGGCCGAGGUGCCCGAGGACGGUGUCAAGUUGCCGCUCCCCCCCGGCCGUAACGUCACGCGCCGAGCCGCCGCCGCCAGGGGCUCGUACUGGAUGGAGUCCAUCGCUCGCAAAGGCACCGUCCCCUGGGGCGACGACCCCUCGUACGCCGUGUUCCGCAACGUGCUCGACUACGGCGCCGCCGGCAACGGCGUGACCGACGACACCGCCGCCAUCAAGCGAGCCAUGAACGACGGCCGGCGGUGCGGCGAGAAGUGCAACGGGUCGACGGUCAAGAACGCCAUCGUCUACUUCCCGCCCGGCACGUACCUCAUCUCCAGCACGGUGCCCCUCCCCUUCGGCACGCAGGUCAUCGGCGACGCCAUUGACCGCCCGGUGCUGGUCGCCUCCAAGUCCUUCAUCGGCCUCGGGGUGCUGUCGACCGACGAGUACACCGGCGGCGGCACCGGCCCCGACGGGCACGACCAGCAGUGGUACGUCAACACGGCCAACUUCUACCGCCAGAUCCGCAACAUCAUCAUCGACGUACGCCCGGCGCCGCCCUCGCAGGAGACGGCCUGCCUGCACUACCAGGUGGCCCAGGCCACCAGCAUGCAGAACGUCGAGCUGCGGGCCGGCGCGGGCCAGAAGGGCAUCUUCGCCGAGAACGGCAGCGGCGGCGGCAUCUCGGACGUCACCUUUGUUGGCGGCGACGUCUGCCUGUACGGCGGCGAGCAGCAGUUCACGGCCCAGCGGCUCGUCUUCCGCGGUUGCGACGUCGGCGUCCAGGUCAUCUGGGACUGGGGCUGGGUGUGGAAGUCGGUGACCAUGACCGACGUCAAGACGGGCUUCAAGUUCGUGCCCGAGUACCCGGACGGCAACAUCGGGUCGUCGCUGAUCAUGGACUCGUCCUUCACCAACGUCGGCACCGUCGUCGUCAUCCAGCCGCCGUCGUCCGAGGCCGGCUCUGGGAGCACCGGCCUCGUGAUUGAGAACAUCCGCAUGUCGGGCGUCACCACUGCCGUUGCCGACACGAAUGGCCGCUCCCUGCUGGCCGCGUCGGCCCGGGUUGACGAGUGGGUGUUGGGCCCCGUGUACUCGAGCUCGGCCGACGCCGGCGCUCGUUCAUUCUCGUCCGGCGGCAAGAUCGGCAAGUACCGCCGGGAUGGCGGGCUUGUCGACGCACAGGGGGCCUACUAUGAGCGUCCCAAGCCGCAGUACGAGGGCCGCGGCGUGGGCGACUUCCUCCACGUCAAGGACUUUGGCGCGAGGGGCGACGGCGUGACGGACGAUACGGCCGCUUUCCAGCGGGCCGUAGACUCCAGCCAGGGAAAGAUUCUGUUCGUCGACGCCGGCUCAUACAUCCUGACAGGGACUGUGACGGUGCCGGCGGGCGUGAAGAUGGUCGGCGAGACGUGGUCGCAGCUCGUGGCCCGGGGCCCGGCCUUCUCAGACGAGACCAAGCCCACCGUGAUGCUCCGGGUGGGCCGUCCCGGCCAGGUCGGCAACGUCGAGAUGCAGGACCUCAUCUUCACCACCAAGGGCCCGACGGCCGGAGCCGUGCUCAUCGAGUGGAACAUGGCCGCCGACGCAAAGGGCUCGGCAGCCCUCUGGGAUUGCCACGUCCGCAUCGGCGGCGCCGCGGGCACCGACCUGACGCCCGCCGAGUGCCCCGCCCUGACCUCCGGUAUCGCCCCGGGCUGCAACGCCGCCAGUCUCAUGAUGCACAUCAAGCCGGGCGCGUCGGGAUACUUCGAGAACAUGUGGCUCUGGGUGGCCGACCACAUGAUCGACGACCCGGACCUGGAGGACGCCAACAACACCAUGGUGCAGAACUCAGUCUACGUCGCUCGCGGCCUGCUGGUCGAGAGUACCGAGCCAACCUGGCUCUACGGCACGUCGUCUGAGCACGCCGUCAUGUACCAGUACAACUUCCACAAUGCCGCGAGUAUCUUCGCCGCCAUGAUCCAGACCGAGUCGCCCUACUACCAGCCGACCCCGAACCCGCCCGCCCCGUUCGGCAACACCGUCGGCCUCUUCCCCGGCGAUCCGGACUACUCCUGCGCCGCGGGCGAUGAGUUCGGCGGUUGCGACGAGUCGUGGGCUGUCGUAAUGCGCGGUUGCGAGGACAUCGUCGUCGCCGGCGCCGGCUUGUAUUCGUGGUUCUCGACCUACAGCCAGGACUGCAUCGGCGGGCAGCUAUGCCAGAAGGCGCUGGUGCUCCUCAAGGGCAACCACGCCAGCGUGCGCUGGGAGCAUCUCGUCACCAUCGGCGCCAAGUACAUGGCCGUCAUGGACGGCAAGGGCAUCGCGGCCAAGGACAACCUCAACGUCGACGCGCACCCCUUCUGGUCGCAGGUGUCGCUGCUCGACGUUGCCAGCGACGGCGAGCAGUACAACGACGUGCUCUGGCUCGACCCGGGCAUCUGGGACAUGGCCCAGCCCGAGUUCGAAUGCCAGCCGCCCUGCCGCGUCAAGAUUCCGCCGUACACGGGCGCCACCACCACGGUCAACUACCCGCUCAUGACCGUCAGCUCGGACGCGUGGACGAGCACCAUCACGGUGCCGCCCAUGACGCUGUCCAAGCUGGGCUUCGAGGUGAUGACACUGGUCGAGGGCGGCCCCAACGUCAAGAGGGACGGCCUCAACCGCCGAGCCUUCGAGGACUUCUGGCCCAUCCCCGCCACGACCGCCGCCUGGCCCGUCGUCAUCUACAACGGCCCGGACGGCAAGGUGUCGACGGCGAGCCCCAAGACGGCCUAUCCGACACCGCCUCCGUCCGUCGAGCCUGGCUCGCCGCCGCCGCAGAAGGGCGCGUGGCCGGCACGCGCCCUCAGGCCGCGCGCCGCUUACGGGCUGGACCCUAACAAAGAGCUGAGCGAUAGCCUGAGGGACUGGAUGUGCCAGCGAGCCGCCGAGUCGCCGAGCCUGUACGACAUGGACCUGCUGGACUGUCCGAACACCAAGCGGCCCAACAACGACUCGGGCCAAGUGCCGAUGGGCGAGGGCUGGGGCUGGGACGUGCCACAGAUCUCGAACAACGGCACCAUGAUCCUGCCCGGGUUUGGGGCCCCCUUUAACCAAAUCAUCAACAUCCUAGGGCGCAUGUGCGAACAGCCGCAGCAGACCAAGACGAGCACCACGAUCAGGGCGCAGACGACGCAGCCUUCCCGGCCCACGGAGAAGCCAUUAGCGAGGCCCGACGCCAACCAGAACGAGAUCAAGUGCUUCGGUAGCGGGCACAAGAUGGGCAACACGCGGCUGCGGCUGGGCAUCGAGUCGUUCUGCAGCAACAUCGGCUCCGACGCCCUUGGCGUCGGCGCCCGCGGCCUCAAUGACAGGAGGGCCGCCACAGGGGAGCUCACGGGCGGCUACAAGAGACGGGACACCAAGACCCUCGAUAAGAAUGACAAGAUCAGCUUCAGCUUCGAGGUGAUGGAUGGCUGUGCGUGGACGUUCGACCUCGACGAGUGCGCGCGGUACUUCAAGACGGCCGUCGACAGCUGCAACUGCGACGGAGAGAAUGGGAAGCAGGGCGGCUAUGGGGGGAACAAUUGUCUCAAGUGGAUGACCGACCCAGAAUACAAGUUGUAG